AUGGUACUUGCAAAAGCAAGGAUCGACUUCGAGGAGGUAUAUGCCUUUGUGAGCAAGCACAUCAAUCUGCGGGCGCUUCAAGCGGCGGUCGUGGAGCGCGAUUUGGAGUUGCAUCAAUUGGACGUUAAAACGGCAUUCCUUAAUGGUGACCUCGAGGAGGAGAUUUACGUGCAAGGGCCGCAGGGGUACGAGCAAGGCGGGCCUAACGUGGUUCCACCUCAAGCGCAUCUUGUACGAGUUACGCCAAGCGCCGCGUGCGUGGCACACGCGCUUAAGGAAGGAGCUCGGGAACUUCGAGUUCGUGGCGUCCUUGAGGACGCGGCUCUCUUUUCGGGGGUGGUGAACGGGGAGCGGGUUUACCCCAUCGUGCAUUGCCGCGGUACACAAGCGCGCCCACGGGGGCAUUGGGUGGCGGCGCUCGGGGUGGUGCGCUACUUGGUAGGGACCGCGGAAGCCGGGAUAACCUUUGGGGAGAGCGGUGAGGUCCUAGAGGCGUUUCAUGACGCCGACUAUGCGGGGUACGUAUUCUUGAUGUACGCGGAAGCGGUGAGUUGGUCGAGCCGUUUUCAACCGACGGUGGCGGCUUCGACGGUGGAGUCGGAGUACAUGAGCGCGGGACAAGCCGUGAAAGAGGCGUUGUGGUUCCGCAAGCUCGGGGGAGAUCUCGGGUUGGACCUCGGAACGGUCAAGAUUUACUGCGACAACCAAGGGACAACACGGCUCUUUUUUGGUAUCCAAUUGCCUCACCGCGGUUGA